AUCUCCAAUCUGGCAUUGAUAAUACUUGUACAGGAUGUAGUCAACCUCGCCCAAUUGAGUCCUUUUUGAAAAAUGGCAAAAUUCAAAAAACAUACUUAUCCUGUAGAGAUAAAAAAAAUAGACAAAAUGCACAAAAACGCGUAGCUGUAAAUGCAUUAGCAAAUGCAAGCAUCAAUUGCAUUACGAUGCAAGAUUUUUUCAGAAUUUUGAAAGCCAUGAAAGGUCAAACCAUAGAAGAUCUUAAGCAAAUUGUUGACAUUAGUAGAUAUACGGCUCCAAUUGAUCCAAAGGAAGUAGUAUCAUAUAUUUCAGAUAAUAUCCUUACGGCUAUAAAUUUUAAAUUCAAUUAUAAAGACAGCUCUCCACGGAAAUCAGAUCAUCUUGUAAUCUUUAGAUAUUAUUGUACCCAAUUGCUCGACUGGCAAAAAAAAUCUAAAAAACACGAAGAUCCCACAAAGCACAGAGAUUGCUUACUGAUACAACAGUUCCAUUGCAGGAGUUGGUUAACACUCACUAUUGAUCUACAAAAAUUUCAAAUUACAAUUGAGUUAACUCAUGAAUAUCACACUGAAUAUGUUGAU